CCAGUUAACCCAGUUAGCCCAGUCCUCCCAGUUCUUCCCCGGAGCAGCCUCGUGGGGCUUCUCUCUCGCAGCUGAUCGCACAAGACCCCUCCCCGUGUCACAGGCCUGUGAGCCCAGAGGGAAGUGUGACAGCCGCGUGGUUAAUUAGAGCCGAUGUGUGAGUUCGAGCCGAGGCCCCACCAGAAGGGAGUCUGUGAGUGACCCCUUGACCCCUGCUCUAGCUCGGGGCGCAGGGACUGCUGGGAGUACAGUCACGGUGCCAACGACCUCCAGCAUCCAGGAUGUGAGCAUCAGUGUCAGGCCCUGCGUGUGCCGGAGCUGCCUUUCCUCUCUGGGUGCCACUGUGCCCGUGCAGCUGCUCCAUCUGCCCCCUCUGACUCUCUUCCUUUCCUUUGGUCUCUCCUCCCCUCCCUUAUCUCUAACCUGCUCCACCUCCCUCCCCCUCUCUCUCUACCUCGUCACAUGAAGAGUCCCAUGACUCUCCGGCUAACAGUCACGGGCAGGAAAAAACGGGGUGUGUGCCGAAGGGGGGGGUUGACAGUGGGGUGUGAGGUUCUCCGCAGACAGAGGCGCGCCGUGCUCUCCUCUACUCUCCCCUCCCAGCGGCGGGGAUAACGGCGACAGCGCGGAGGCUGUGCGUUCACCUUGCAGUCCCGGCAUCGGCGGUCGCAAGAGGAUGCUCUGCCGCGUCUAGGUGCCCGUGUGCGUGUGCGUGUGCGGGACAGGGCGACCACCCUCUGCGUCCCAGCGGCGGCACAAGUUGUGUGAAGUGAAGCUGCUGCUGCCGGCUCGGCACAGGCGGCGGCGCCCCGCACCGACCGAGCGGUCCCGACACCGCUCCCUCCACCGAGCUCGCCCGCGGAGGCGAGGACCUUAAGCCAUGUCCAGGGAGAGCUCGCCCCUCCUCAACUAUGGGCUGUUCGGCGUGUCGGGGGGGAGCGCCACAGCCCCCGGCGGCGCCAGCCGCAGCCUGGGCACGUUCUUCGGCGUCAUGGUGCCGACCGUCCUGUCCAUGUUCAACAUCGUGGUCUUCCUGCGCAUCGGCUUUGUCGUGGGUCAGGCUGGACUCCUGCAGGCUCUGCUCAUGCUGGGCGUGGCCUACUUCAUCAUCUUCCUGACGAUCCUGUCCGUCUGCGCCAUCUCCACCAAUGGGGCAGUGCAGGGGGGCGGGGCUUACUUCAUGAUCAGCCGGACUCUGGGCCCGGAGUUUGGAGGCAGUAUCGGCCUGAUGUUCUACCUGGCCAACGUGUGUGCCUGUGGGGUCUACAUGCUGGGGCUUGUGGAGGCCAUACUGGAUGUCUUCGGCAAGGUGCCAGGCUCCUCCGAGCACGACGCCCUGCGUGUCCUGCCCCAGGGCUACUGGUACAGCCUGAUGUACUCAUCCGCUCUCCUGCUGCUCUGUCUGCUCGUCUGCCUGGUGGGGGCGAAGGUCUACUCCCGUGCCUCCUUCUUCAUCCUCCUCAUCGUCACCCUCUCGCUGCUGUCCAUCUUCAUUAGCCCCCUGGCCUUGUCCCCGCGCAGCUUCUUCAUCGUCCACCAGGACGGCGCCAACAUCACUUACAAUGCCAGCUACACAGGCUUCAAUGCCACCACGCUGAGGAGCAACCUGUAUGGGAACUACUCCAGAGACUACACCACGGCCAAGAUGAUGACCUUCGCCACUGUGUUUGCCGUGAUGUUCACCGGCUGUAAAGGAAUCAUGGCCGGGGCCAACAUGUCUGGGGAGUUGAAGAACCCCAGCCUGUCUAUUCCCAAGGGCACCAUCAUCGCCGUCUCCUACACCCUCGUCAUCUACCUGUUGCUCUUCUUCCUCGUCAGCUCCACCUGCGACAGGGUGCUGCUGCUCCAGGAUUAUGGAUUUUUCCAGCGGAUCAACGUGUGGCCCCCCUUCGUGAUCAUCGGUGUGUACUGUGCCUCGCUGUCGGCCUCGAUGGGCACGCUGAUCGGAGCGUCGCGGAUCCUGCACGCCCUGGCCAAGGACGAGCUGUUCGGACGGCCCCUGGCCCCGGCCAAGGUGACGUCCAGCUCGGGGAACCCCUGGGUGGCCGUGCUGUACACCUGGGCUCUGGUGCAGGUGGUGCUGUGCGCGGGCCAGCUCAACGCGCUGGCCAGCCUGGUCACCGUGUUCUACCUCCUGGCGUACGCAGCUGUCGACCUGGCCUGCCUGGCGCUGGAGUGGGCAUCGGCUCCGAACUUCAGGCCCACGUUCCAGCUGUUCUCCUGGCACACCUGCCUGCUGGGCCUGCUGAGCUGCGUGGUGAUGAUGUUCCUGAUCAACGCAGUCUACUCCUCCGCCAGCAUGGUGCUGCUGCUGCUGCUGCUGCUGCUCCUCCACUACCGCGCCCCCACCAGCAGCUGGGGCUACAUCAGCCAGGCCCUCAUCUUCCACCAGGUGCGGAAGUACCUCCUGAUGCUGGACGUGAGGAAGGAGCAUGUGAAGUUCUGGCGGCCGCAGGUCCUGCUGAUGGUGGCCAACCCCCGUUCCAGCUGCCAGCUCAUCAGCUUUAUCAACGACCUCAAGAAGGGGGGCCUGUUCAUCCUGGGGCAUGUGCAGCUGGGGGACCUGGGUGAGAACACUGACCAGUGCACAUGGGGACACUAGGGCUGCAGAGCUCUGGACAGCCUGUACCUCAGUACCUUAGUGUGUCGGUGUCUUAAAAUCAGCUCCUGUAACUCUAUCCUACUAUAUUGCUCCACUCAGUCUCAUUACUGCAUUACUCUACUGUUGUGUCCAGUGUGUAUUAAAUGCUCACUUUCUCUCUCAGUGCAGUCCCACUUCCCCCCCGUGCGGGACGCAGAGUCCAGCCGCUCUCUGGCGCCGGACGAGUACGUCAGCAUCAUCGCGGACGCCAUCAAGAUGCAGAAGAACGUGUGCCUGGCCCGCUACUUCUUCCAGCUGGAGGUGGAGAGGGAGAGGGGGCUCGGGGGGUGGAGGAGAGGAAGAGAGAGGGAGAAGGGCAGCAUCGAUGUCUGGCCCCUCAACCUGCUGCGUCCCGAGAGCAGCGGCUUCGUGGACGUCUGUAGCCUCUUCCUGCUGCAGAUGGCCUGCAUUCUCAACAUGGCCACGGGGUGGCGCCGCGCCCGCCUGCGCAUCUUCCUCUGCGUGGAGUCGGAGUCUGGCGACCAGGGCUGGAUGGCCAAGGAGGAGAAGCUCCGGGAGCUGCUGGGGAAGCUGCGCAUCAGGGCCACCAUCCGGAUCGUGGACUGGGACACCGUGGCCCGGCUGCACUGGGGGAAGAAGCCCCGGGCCGCCACGCCGGGGGCAGGGGGCGGGGGUCAGGGUGCCGAUUUCGAUGGCUCGUCCCUCGCCACCGCGCCCUCCGCGGCCUGCGCCACGCUUCCGGGACCCGUGUCGGACGACUUCCUGUCCGCGCUCAACAGGCUGCUGCGGGAGAACAGCGGCGACGCCGUCGUGCGCUUCCUGUACCUGCCCUGCCCCCCCGCUGACACCAGCCAGCUGCAGAGCUACCUGUCCCAGCUGGAGGUCAUGACCCGUGACCUCGGCCCCACCUUGCUCAUCCACGGUCUGACCCCGGUGACCUGCACUGACCUCUGACUGGCUUCCGACAGCCGGCCUUCCCACGCUUUCUCUGGCUCCGACUCUUAUUUUGUCCCCGACGUCAGCCGUCCAAUCGGAGCUUGCUGUUGUCUUCAAGGAGCCAAUGAGAGCGAGCGCCUGUGGACCGUGUUGCUUGUCCUGUAUAAACUGUGUACAUACGAACUCUGUAUAUAAAACCUGAGCUUUUGAGCUUUAAUUUGUGUGAUGAACAGCACAAUACCAAAUUCACUUCAUUAUUCUAUUCUUAUAUAUAUUCGUGCAGUAGAUAAGAAUAGUAUUCUUAAUAAUAAUACUAUUUUUUAAAUUAAUCUGUGCCUCACCUCAACGCCCAACUUGUCUUAAAAGGGAUGCCUCUGUAUCAUCCUUUUCAGAUCCCCUCUGUUCCACAUUCAGAUUAUGUCCCUUCUGCCUUUGCAAAAGCACUUUGGAAAUGUAAAAUUUAACUAAAACCAGCUUCUUCCAGGGAGUUAGCUUUGACACAGCUUUGGCACUGAACACCAGCGGACAAUAGCUCGUGCCCUGCGUAGCUUUGCCCGCGUUGCAAGCACAGAGCCUUACUCAGACGCUCAUGGGCAGACGGGUAGGAAGGGGAUUUAAAUCAGGCAGAACGGGGCACUGCCCUGCAAGCGUAACCAACAGACAGAAAAGUCCAGACUGUUGGUUCUCAUGGAGGUCUGGCUCGGGAGAAAGCUGUGUAAAAAAAAUGAGGUUUAAAAACUUUAAAAAUUGUAAUGAAAUUCAAAUAGGACCAAAAUACAGGCCAGCCCAUUCGGUUUCAAACGCACCAUGGCAACCGCGCCUCUUAAACCUCGCUGCCGAGGUUCCUGGCGCCGGCUGAUGACGCAUCAAAUCGCUUCCCUUCCCCCUCCAAAAAACUGCGCAGUCUAUUCCAUGGGUUCGACCGAAGCGAAGUUAUUAGGACGCAAGAAGUGUUCAGGAAUACAGAAGUGCCUGAGACGAAUGUUUUCGUUACUGUUCGGGUGAAAAACUGGAAAUGUACGUGAAAAACCCAGAAACGAAUACAGGUUUCUGUGACUUGAAAGUUAUAAAGUCGUGUUAAAAUAUGCAGCGCGGAGCAACUAUCCAAAUGUAAUUUCAGGUUAUUUAGAAUAUUUCGGCAGUUUAUUAUAAUAUGUAAGUAGACGUUUUGAUAUUUCAUUUGUUAAAGAAUUUCUCUUUAUUUGCAAGAGACAUGUACAGAAAGGAGGACCUCGUCGUGGUACUUCAUGAAGUAAUAUUAAUAAAGAAAUAUACAGUAAUAA